GUGUUGGCAGCAUUCACAUGCCUGGAAUGGGUAAUUCUGCUUACAACAUCAUUGGUUAUCCAUCUGCACCAAGUCAUGGAAACUUCAAUGGCAUACCUGUACAUGAGACAAUAGCCGGAAACGUGAAUAAUUCUGCAGCACAACAUUUUCCACAAAAUAAUACUCCAUGCCCAACUAUUUUCGUGGCUAACUUGGGGCCAACUUGUACGGAGCAAGAGCUGAUUCAAGUAUUUUCAAGGUGCCCUGGGUUCAUAAAAUUGAAGAUGCAGAGCACAUAUGGAGCUCCAGUUGCAUUUGUUGAUUUUCAGGAUACUGCCUGCUCAACUGGUGCGCUGAGUCAUCUGCAAGGCACAAUUCUCUACUCGUCGACAACGGGCGAAGGCAUGAGAUUGGAGUAUGCCAAAUCACGAAUGGGAAUGCGGAAGAAGCCAAAGUAAUAUGAAGAAAAUAACAAGAUGUAUGCUUUUUGCUCGUUUCCAUGCCCACACAAGCGGAUCCACAUCUUACAUUAAGCUUGUACCAAGAAUAGGUAGACUUUAGUAUCAGGGUUAACUGUUAUGAUGAUUUAUGUUCAUUUUCUGAAUAAUGGAAAUGUUUUUUUUUUCCAUUCCCAUUGUGAAUUCGUAAUGCUAUGGUUUUAUAUCUUCAAAUUCAGAAUGGAAAGCGAUCCCUGUAUUUUUGUGGU